UUGGUAUCACCAUAUCAUCAGUGUUGAAUACAAUAUUAUAUAUUCUCUCUACAACUUUGGUUUAGUCUCUGCAAUUCACAUAUAAUAAUGUGCAUUGCAAUAUUUGUUUGGCAAGCACACCCCAGGUACCCUUUUCUUCUCUUGCUCAACAGAGAUGAAUAUCACAGCAGGGCGACAAAAGCGUUGGAGUGGUGGGAAGGAGGUGAAAUAUUAGGAGGGCGAGACGAGGUUGGUGGGGGGACAUGGUUAGCUUGUUCAAGGGAAGGGAGGGUGGCUUUCUUGACUAAUGUUUUGGAACUUCACACCCUCCCUGAAGCCAGAACCAGAGGAGACCUCCCUGUUCGUUUUCUCCAGAGUAGUAAAAGUCCUAAGGAAUUUGCAAAGGAAUUGGUGAAGGAAGGGCAUGAAUACAAUGGGUUCAACUUGAUAAUGGCAGAUUUUGAAAGCAAAAGCAUGGUUUACAUCUCCAACAGGCCUAAAGGGGAACCCAUUUCCAUUCAUGAGGUCACUCCAGGUAUUCAUGUCCUCUCAAAUGCAAACCUCGACUCUCCUUGGCCUAAGUGUCAACGUCUGAAAAUGAAUUUCAAGAAGAUGAUGGUUGGCGAAAAAGAAGAAGAUUUACCUUUGAAAGAAAUGGUAGAGAAAGUGAUGCGAGACACAACUAAAGCUGACCACACCUUAUUGCCUCAUAUAUGUUCUCUCGACUGGGAAUUCAGCCUCAGUUCUAUUUUUGUCCAAGUUGACACUCCCCUGGGGCUUUAUGGUACUAGAAGUACAAGUGUGGUAAGCGUGGAUGGAACUGGGGAAGUGGAUUUCUACGAGGUGUCUCUUGAGAAUGGCAAGUGGAAGGAGAAAAAGGUCAAUUACCAAUAUGGGAAGAAACGAAGCCUUUGAUGGAAAUUGGUAUUUGUAUACUAUGGAGGUCUAUGUUAAUAGGAAGUUAAUGUUGUUACAUCCUAGUGACUUGUACAAUAAACACUCAGGACAACUGUUACGACUUACUGUGUUUAUUCGUUCUUUA